CUGCUCUUCGCUCAUUUCUGCAUACGUGUUCAACCAAUCAGGCCCACACACGUGGGCGGGCGUCUGUUAAUGCCGGCAUCUCGCGUCUGACGUGCCGACAUCUGCUUCUUAACCUUACCGCAUAUUUUUUCACGUGGACAUAUGUUGAGUUGUUAUUUAUACACACCUUUGUACAUAAUUUAAUCUUCAUCUUUAUAAACAUGGUAUUCGAUGUUAGGAGCAAAGUUACGCAGUUUGAUAUCUACCGAAAGAUCCCGAAAGAUUUGACACAGCCCACCUUAACAGGCGCAGCCAUCUCUAUCAUCAGCUGCGCCUUCAUCUUCAUAUUGUUCCUCUCGGAGCUAAUCUCUUACCUCAGGCCUGAGCUGGUGAGCGAGCUGUUUGUCGACAACCCUACGGGUGCAGAACGAGUUCCUGUUGAGCUCAACAUCACCUUGUUGCGGCUUGACUGUAGUGUGGUGGGGCUGGAUAUUCAAGAUGACAUGGGAAGACAUGAAGUGGGCUUUGUUGAGAACACGGAGAAGACUCCAGUAGGCGAAGGGUGCCGGUUCGAGGGCAAAUUCUUUGUGCAUAAGGUCCCUGGUAACUUCCACGUGUCGACGCACGCAGCAAAAAAGCAGCCGGACAAGAUCGACAUGACUCACAUUAUACAUGGCCUCACCUUUGGGGAAAGGAUGACCGAGGGUGUUCAGGGUGGCUUCAACUCGUUGAAGGGAAUGGACAAGUCUGCAGUAAACGGACUCGAAUCUCACGACUACGUAAUGAAGAUAGUGCCUACUAUAUACGAGACGCCCUCCAAGCGCCUCGAGUCCUAUCAGUACACCUAUGCAUACAAAAGCUACGUGUCCAUUUCCCAUACUGGCCGCAUCACGCCAGCCAUCUGGUUCCGCUACGAUCUGAAUCCCAUUACAGUCAAGUAUUCACCCCGUGGGAUCCCGUUCUACAGUUUUCUCACAUCGGUAUGUGCCAUCGUUGGAGGCACCUUCACUGUUGCAGGCAUCGUCGACUCCCUGGUGUUCACGGCGUCCGAGGUUUUCCGCAAGCACGAAAUGGGGAAGCUCAGCUAGCUCCUGGCUUUAAAAUAAAGUUUUGGCACGUA